GAGUCACGUGACAGCACUGUAGCGUCCAACAUGGCGCACAGACUGACUGUUUUGUGUUUAAUGGUGCUGUGUUCGUUUGUUGGAGCAGAAAUACGAACAGUGGUUUUAGACAAACGGAGCGGAAAGCUGUCUGUCGUCGAAGGGUUUCAGGAGGACUUUGUAGCCUGGGCAAACUUUACAGACAGCAUCAAAACAACAGGAUGGUCCUUCCUGGAGAUCACCACCAGCAGUAAAUACAAUGACAGCCUUCAAGCAUAUGCUGCUGGUGCAGUCGAAGCUUCAGUUACAUCUCCUCUCAUUUAUAAUCACUGGAUGAACACUUUGGUGAAUUACUGUGGGCCCUUCAAGUCUGAACCUGGUUACUGCGAGCGUCUAAAGGCUUUCAUCACAACCAACCUGMGGUGGAUUCAGACGGCAAUAGAGUCAGAACCAACAUCACCCUACUGGUACCAGGUGCGUCUGGUGCUUCUGCAGCUGAAGGGUCUUGAGGACAGCUACCAUGACCAGCUGUCAUUUCCAACAGGAACCAUUUCACUCAAUCCAUUUGGCUUCCUACUUUUCCAAAUGGGUGGGGAUCUGGAAGACUUGGAAGCGGCUCUAAAUAAAUCCAGUAAAACUCAACCCCUUGGAUCUGGUUCCUGCUCUGCGCUCAUUAAGCUGCUGCCAGGACAUAAGGAUCUGCUGGUGUCACAAGAUACCUGGGCAACCUAUCARUCGAUGCUGCGCAUUAUGAAAAAAUACAACUUUGCUUUCAAAACCUCCCCUUUGGACAAUAAUCCACUUCCUGGAGGAAUUCAGGCCUUCUCAUCUUACCCUGGAACAAUCUUUUCUGGGGAUGACUUCUACAUCCUUAGCAGUGGCUUGAUUACRUUGGAAACCACCAUAGGGAACAGCAACGUUGACCUCUGGAAGUUUGUUCAUCCUACAGACUCUGUUAUGGAAUGGCUGCGGAACAUUGUUGCUAAUCGACUAGCUUCUACUGCUAAAGAAUGGGCAGAGMUAUUUAAAAAGUUCAACAGCGGAACAUACAACAACCAGUGGAUGAUUGUGGAUUAUAACCAGUUCWCUCCAGGAAAGACUGACUUGGAAGAGGGUCUUUUUGUUGUGUUGGAGCAGAUCCCAGGACUUGUUAUCGCUGAAGAUAAAACUAAGGAACUGACGGAGAAAGGAUACUGGGCCAGUUACAACAUACCGUACUUUAAAGACAUAUUUAAUAUCAGUGGCUACAACGAGCUGGUCAAGAAGUAUGGCUCAUGGUUUACCUUGGAUCAGAAUCCACGUGCUCAGAUUUUUAGGAGAAACCAUACACUUGUUACAGACUUGGACUCCAUGGUUCGCCUCAUGAGGUAUAAUAACUUUAAAGAAGAUCCAUUGUCRAGGUGUGAGGAAUGUAAUCCACAUGGGAAUGGAGAGAACGCAAUCUCAGCCCGUUCAGACCUGAACCCAGCUAAUGGAACUUAUUCUUUUGGAGCCUUAAUGCAGAGAUCACAUGGAGGAAUAGACAUGAAGGUGACGACCUAUGAAAUGUACAAAGAGUACGUCAUGCUGGCAGUGAGUGGGCCAACCUGGGACCAGCAGCCAGUCUUCCAGUGGAGCACUUCUCCUUACAAAGACUUGGUGCACAUGGGUCACCCUGAUAUCUGGAAUUUCAAGCCCAUAAAAGUCACCUGGAUGCCUUAAACGCCAAACUGGACAACACUAAGUUUUACAACUGUUAAAAACACCAGCUGCGCCAGCUGACAUUUCAAACAAGGGAAAUUCUAAACACAUUUAAGUUUUGUCUCAAUAAUUAAAUCUURUGUUUGCAUAAUUUCAGUGUUACACCAUUUGCCUGAUUAAACUUGAGUCAAAAUAAAAAGAAUUUUGCUGUUAACAUUUAUUUAAAAAAAUUUACAAUUUUAAAAAAAUUGUAAUUUGUUUUGAAACGUUUUCAACUUUUUGUGAUUUUAGCUACAAGCUGCAAUAACUAUUUAUAUUCAGCUGGUUUAUGAAUCGGUCUCGUUUUGAUUUGUAGGAUUAUGCAAUAAAUGUGAUCUUUUAAAAAGAUUUAAUUCAAAUGGUACAAUGUUUUGAUUUUGUAAUUUU